AUGGCUGUUGCUCGAACCUGUCAGAGAUGGCUGGCCAUCCUCAUUGCAGCGCUGGUGCUGUUAUGCUCAAGAACAACGGCCCAGACCAUCACACCCUCGAACAGCACACAAGAUAUACUUCCACUCUCGACGUCCCCCAGAUUCUUGUUGAAUGGCACCGAAUUCCCCAAUCUUCCUGCGGUACAGAUGGCACCCCUGGGCCCUUAUGCGCAAAUGUCGCAUGAAGGCUUCCUCCAAGUUCGGGUGGAAGGGCAUCUGGUCAACAUCGAUGCAUCCAACGCCAACGACAUCGCCGACAUGGAUCAAUUUUCCUACCUCUCCUGCGACCCUCAAGAUUAUCCUGACAACUUGGAUGCAAGUGAAGUCUUCCGUAUUGUGGUGAACUCACCGCGCGCCAACAUCGUCAUCCUAUACAGCGAGACAAGUGACCAUUGCACCGCAGCGGGGCUGGAUGGGCUUCCGACAAUCGGGGGAAUCUUGACGACAACUAACCGUGCGACAGCGUCGAGGUUGGCAAAACUGAGCCUGACCCAAGAGAGUCCUGGCACAGCCACAAUCCUCCCAGAUCUGACGUCCUACACCAACUCCUCUGCGCCUGGAUUCAAUGGAAAUGGUAACAUCGGGCAAUCUCCAACGACCGCGGUCGCCAUGAUCAUUUUGUAUUCCAUCACGGGCAUUAUCACCGCGCUGUUCGUUGUCAUCAUCGUCACUGGUGCCAUCCGGGCACAUAGACAUCCUGAAAGGUACGGGCCCAGGAACAUCGCAGGCAGAGGUAGACAAAGUCGCGCCAAGGGUAUUGCGCGCGCUAUGCUCGAGACCCUCCCGAUCGUCAAGUUUGGUGACCAUCAAGAUCUCCACGCCACGAAGCCAACGGAAGGUUCGGACAUUGAAAUGGGUUCUGGAAACACCCCCACGCCCGACGCCAUCAACCAAGACUCGACGAACAAAGCUGUGGCGGGCGAAGUUGUCACUUCCGAGUCCAGCAGCGACCACACACAAGCCGUCAUCGCCACCAGCAACCCCGAUGGUACUGAUGCCGAAGGUCACCUGGGCUGUUCGAUAUGUACCGAGGAUUUCAAUAAGGGAGAGGAAGUGCGUGUGUUGCCCUGUAACCACAAAUUCCAUCCUGACUGCGUUGACCCAUGGCUUUUGAACGUCAGCGGAACAUGUCCGCUGUGUCGGAUCGACCUCAGGCCACACACUCAAGACAUCGAGGGCGAGGAACGCAGAGGUUCCACCGCGACAGCGGAUCAGGAUGGCCAAUUCCCACCGCCGCUACCUCCUGCUGGGACUGCCGACGCCACCGGUAGUCCACAGAGGGGUGGACGAAGGGAAACUGUGGCCAAUCUCCGACAUCUCGCUUCCGGGUCUCGAGAAGAGCGCAUUGCGGCGUUGAGGCGGUUGCGGCAGGAGACGCUGAGGUCGAAUCGUCCAGAAAACGAUGAAGAGCGAUCCGGUCUUGCCAGGAGAUUCAGAGAACGAUUCCGAAUUCGAACAGAGAGGCGCGGGACGACGACGGAAUGA